CAACGCUAGCGGGUGGGAAAGCGGAGACUUCCGCGGCUAAAGGCAAUGUUGUCUCCAAUUGCCUCGGCCUCGGUUGCUUGGAGGUAGUAGUACUAGCAAGUCAACCAUGACAUCCCAUUCCCCACGAAGCUUCGGUAUUACAACGAGACAAUAUCUCCCAGCCCGUUGUCCUCUUUGCGACAGCGUUUGAUUGAGCAUCAAUUGGCAAUUCGGUGAGGCCGUCUCAUCGAGACCAUUCAACAGCCAUGGCUGGCCCCAUGCGACAGCCGAUUGACAUCACCUCGCUCGAGAGGUACCUCGAGCAGAAUCUACCAUUGAUUAAAACACCACUAGACGUGAAACAGUUUGGCUUUGGACAGUCUAAUCCAACAUACCUGCUUACUGCCGCCGAUGGCGAGAAAUACGUCCUGCGCAAGAAGCCUCCCGGAAAACUCCUCUCCAAGACGGCACACAUGGUCGAGCGCGAGUUUCAGAUUAUCCAUGCUCUAGAGAAUACAGAUGUACCGGUCCCAAAGGCGUACAUUCUAUGUGAGGAUCAUAAGGUCGUUGGGACUCCGUUCUAUAUCAUGGAGUUCCUGGAUGGGAGGAUGUUUACCAAUCCCUCCUUCCCGGGCGUUAGUCCGGCUGAGAGAAGUGAACUAUGGCGCGACGCUCUUCGAACUCUCGGUAAAUUCCAUCGAGUCGAUCCCAAGUCAGUGGGGCUGGAGAAAUUCGGGAAACACACGGGGUUCUACGAUCGGCAGAUUACUACAUUAGGGAGAAUAUCCCAGGCGCAGUCGCUCGCGGUGGACGUGGAUACCAAGGAGCCCGUUGGAGAGAUUCCGCAUUUCGGGUACAAUGUGCGUUUCUUCUCGAACAAGGCUAGCCAACCUCGCGAUAGGUCUACAUUCGUGCACGGCGACUACAAAAUCGAUAACCUGGUGUUCCACAAGACGGAGCCGAGAGUGAUUGGCAUCCUCGACUGGGAGAUGGCCACGAUCGGCCAUCCCCUUUCCGAUAUUUCCAACCUGACGAGCCCUUGGCAUAUGGACUCGACGGAGUACCAGGCAGAAACUUUCCAACCAGGCCGUACACCGGGACUGCCCAGCCGUGAACAGAGUCUGCAAUGGUAUGCUGAGGCUGCCGGGUGGGAUCCUCGACCAGAUAUACGCUGGGGCGACGCAUUCUUCUUCUUCCGCAGCUCAGUCAUUAUGCAAGGCAUUGCGGCGCGAUAUGCGCUCCGACAGGCAAGCAGCGCGCGGGCUCGAGAUUAUAGCCUGAAGAUGAAGCCAUUUGCAGAGGAGACAUAUCUGCGAGUGAAGGAUGCAGAGGCCGAGCGGCAGCAAAAGGGGAGACUUUGAUAUCUAACAAGAAGGGUGUAGAAUGACCUCGUAUGAGUACGGACUCCGGAGAAUAUUAGUAGUACCAAGUAGUAUUUACUAUCAAAUCGACUACGUACAUACUUGUUACUUCUAGUUAUUAAUUUAUAAAAUAAUAUGAAAUCUUAUUGUAACGCCCCUAUACGAAUGUAUUGGGGGGUUUGAUGUUUAUCAUAUAUGGCGC